ACAAGCUCGGCUCUCCGCCCUUUGCUACUGAUAUGAUUUUGCAGAAUGGCGACGGAGCAGCGGCGGAGCAGGAAGAGGAAGAGAGGCGGUCGCCGUCGUAUGGGAAAAUCUACUGCCAAUAGCCUGGCGGUGAAGAAGGAAGCUUCUCCUGUUAAAACAUCUGCUGGUUCGGCUUCGUCGAUUAAGAGUGGCUCAAAAUCCUCGGCAUCGUUCCUUGACAAGAUGAAAGCUAAACUAUCGGGGGGUUAUUUCCGUAUGAUCAAUGAGAAGCUCUACACGUGCAGUGGAGAUGAUGCCCUGAAAUAUUUCAAAGAAGACCCGUCAUUGUUCAAUGUGUAUCAUUCAGGAUAUCAGGAGCAGAUGUCACGUUGGCCUGUGCAGCCUAACGAUGUUAUCAUAAAAUGGAUAAAGGACCGCAGCCCUUCUUUAGUUGUUGCAGAUUUUGGUUGUGGUGAUGCACGGCUUGCUAAAAGCGUGAGGAAUAAAGUUUUCUCCGUUGACCUUGUCUCCAAUGAUCCUUCAGUUAUUGCUUGUGAUAUGUCCAAUACACCCAUCAACACUGCUUCGGUAGAUAUUGCUGUGUUUUGUCUCUCACUCAUGGGGACAAACUUCCCCAGUUAUCUUCAGGAAGCUAACCGGGUUCUCAAGGAUCAUGGGUGGCUUCUAAUAGCCGAAGUAAAAAGCAGGUUGGACCCUAGUACAGGAGGAGCAGACCCUGAUAAGUUCGUGAGAGCCAUAUGUGAACUGGGAUUUACCUCAGUAUCCAAGGACUUGUCCAAUAAAAUGUUCAUGCUGUUCUACUUCCAGAAGAAGGGGAAACGAAAAACAAAGGACAUCAAAUGGCCUGAGUUGAAACCUUGUGUGUACAAGCGUCGGUAGUGUAAGCUUGUUUUGAUUCUCGGAUGGGAUGAAUGAUUGAUUAUAUACAUACAUACUCUCUGGCUUAUUUAUAUUGCAGUAGUUGUGCUGCAAUAGUGUUUGUAAUUUGGUCUUUUUGUUAGAUGAUGAGAAGAAUGAUCUCUGAUUCACUUCUAGUUUGGUAGUGAACUGGAAUUGGAAUUGGAGUAGUGAAUCCAAAUUCAAUGUGGUAGUUUAAUCUAGUAUAUCAUGUUACUAUUGUUCCCAAUUUGAUUAACAUUCUGAUGAA